GUAUGGAACACAACGCAACACUUUCUAACGGUAACGGUUACGGGUCGGAUGCGCGAUUUCCACCAGAGUAGAGCCACCGUCACCGCACCGCCGCCGCCACACAAACAAUAAUAAUGAAAAGCGCCAGACAAAAACCAAAAGCUAAUUGGCCGCAAACCGCUAAGUGAUUAAUUCAUAUCGACUGCCAAACGCGUAAAUAUUUGCAUAUCAAUCGACGAAGUUUUCCGGACUAGCGAGAUAGAAAUUAAAUAAAACCCAAGCACUGCCCAGUAGUGUAAUAAAAUCAAAAUAAAUUGAAAGCAAAAAAUCCUUAGUACACUUACACGGACAUCCCCGCCGCCGAGUGUGUGUGUGUGAGUGACUCUUUGUGUGUGUUGGUGUGUGCGCAUGCGCCAGCUGGAGUUUCUGUGCAUUAAUUGCUUUCUGCCAGCCAUUUGAAGUUGCAAUUGCGAUACGAUCGGACGCCUGUGUUGGCGGUUGCCAUGUAGAGCCUCCACAUCUCAGCCUGCAACCAAAGCCAGAGCGGAGUCAUGGUGGAAUCUUCGAGCCUGGGGCGGACCCCGCCCUCGGCCCAGCAGCCCAUUCCGCAGCAGCAUUCCCCCUCGCCAUCGGGAAUGCGGUGCGGCAAUAUGGAGACGCGGGUGCGCGGUGCCUGGUACCGCGUCCUGGUCACCCUCGAAACGGACUUUCUAGCCGUCAGCCUGGACGAGUCCUGUGAGGCGUCUCAGCAAUCCAAUGAUGGACAAUCGACAACUUUAAAUGGAACUUUGGGGAGCAAUCACAGUGGCGGAGGCGGUGGAGCCGGCGGAGGCGGGUCUGGUGCCUCCGGACAGAAUGGUGGCCUGCCCAACUCCGCCUCCCUGCAGGGCAUGAGCGGUGUGCCCGACACCGAGCUGGACGGAUCGACGGUGGGCAACGACAAUGGUGACCUCUGCCUGAACAACAACAACAAUGCCGGCGACGGGGGCGGCAUGGAUAUGUGCGACGUACCUGACCAUGUGGCCAAUCAGAAGCGGCAUGUGCGCAUCAUCAAGUCGGACAACAACGGCCUGGGCAUCUCGAUCAAGGGCGGACGCGAGAACCGCAUGCCAAUCCUGAUUUCAAAGAUAUUCCGGGGCAUGGCCGCCGAUCAGGCCAAAGGACUGUAUGUGGGCGAUGCCAUCCUGACGGUGAACGGCGAGGAGCUGCGCGACGCCACCCACGACGAGGCGGUGCGCGCCCUCAAGCGCUCCGGUCGUGUGGUGGAUUUGGAAGUUAAAUUCCUCCGCGAAGUGACGCCCUACUUCCGGAAGGCAAGCAUCAUCUCCGAAGUGGGCUGGGAGCUCCAGCGCGCUUUCCUCUGUCCUCUGGGACCGGGCGUUCCCACCUCUCCGCCGGCACCAAAAACGACACCUCGGGCGGAUACUCGAUAUAUUCCCCUCCAGCUGACACAUUUGGCCAGGAAUCUCAAAUACAUCGAUCCAGAGAACCGCUGCUUCGAGUUGCACUCCCCGGACGGAGUGCAUUCGUGCAUCCUGCGAGCCGCGGACUCGGCGGAGGCCCUCGUCUGGUUCAACGCCCUCCACUCGGCCAUGGGCAACAGCACCCAACGGGCCUUAGCAGAGGCCAAUCGGGCCCUGACCAAUCUCAUUGGCGAACUGAAGCACAUUGGCUGGCUGAGCAAGCGGAUGAAUGGCGGCGGCAGCUCCGGUAGCGCCGGCGGCGGAGCAGCCAGUGGGGGCAGUGCCACCUCCACUAGCGGCGUGGCCGGCGAGCUGGUAAGUCCCAGCGGCCGUUCCAGUUCGGAGAGCUCCGAUGAAAGCGACAAGUGGCUGCCCAUUUUCGUGGCAGUGACGGAACGAGAGUUCCGAAUAUACGAGAGUGCUCCCUGGUCCGUGGAGGCCUGGAGUCGUCCCCUGGAAAUCUACGCCCUGGCCACGACACGUCUCGCUGGAGCUGGGAACAACUCCUCGCUAAAUGGCCAGCAGACAACGGUGUUCUGUGUGCGUUGCGGCACCGCCCGUGGGGUCCUGGUCUACUGGCUGCGCUCGGAGACGCAUAGGGAUAUGGCUUCGUGGGCCAGGGCUCUGGUCCAGGGCUCCCAUCAGGCGGUCAACUACCAGAGGGAGUUCUCGUUCCGCUGCCUAUACCAGGGACGGCAGUGUCAAUUGGUUGUGCACAUAAAUCGUGGCUUCUUUCUGUACGAUUGCGGGGGAUUCGCUCCAACAACUCCGACAGCGGCGGUGGCCACCACCAAGACGCAGCUCUGGCAGUUUGCCUUCGACAAGCUGAAGGGGUCGGCUGAUGAUGGCAACAGGAUGUUGUAUCUCGACUUUGGCGAAGAUGGCGAAAUUGAACUGGACAUGGAGUGCUGCCCCAAGCCGGUGGUCUUUGUUGUCCACAAUUGUCUGUCGGCCAAGGUUCAUAAUAUUGCCUAGAAGAAGGUGCCGUUAAAUGGGACAAGCUGCUAAUUGUUGAUGUUUUGGGUGUAACUGAUGUAUGGAUAUUAUUUAUUGUUUGAUCAUUAUUCGAGAUUUGUUAUUCUCCGCCCCCGGAACGGGCCUAACAUUUAAAUAAUUCUGUAGAGUAAUGUAUUUCGUUUAUGUAUUUCUAUAAGUGCAAUAUUCUGUUAACUCUGUCAAUUAAAUAAGAUAACUUUGAAGCAAUGAUUAACCCGUUUCACAUUUGGUUUGCUUCGCGUUAUACUUGAAUUUUUUGAGCAGCCGAAAAGCAGGCCACCAAAUGUUUCCCAUUGAAAUCAUUAAUUUAAAAUUAUGCCUAAAAUAGUAACAUUUAUAGACAUGUCAGCCCUACCAAGAUGUACGACUUAGCUUAAAUAGCAGUAAAAGGUUAGUUAGUGGUAGAUGAGUGAGCAUUUUGUGCUUCCUGAUGGCUAUGGGAAUGGAUUAGUUCGGUAGGUUUAGCUGGAUGGCAAAGACAGAGUAGAUUUUUGAACAAAAAAUAAAACAAAACAAUGCAAAAACCACAAAGCACAAACCAAAUAAAUAUAAAAGACAAUUAAGAUGAAAGAAAAAAACUUUAUUUAAAUUAUAAGUAGACAUAAAUUCAUUUUAUACAUGUGUCAUUUAUACAAGAUACCAUCUAAAGUGAAAUCGAAGGAAACGGAAAACGAAAAGUAAUUCUAUAAACUUUACAACAUUUGCAUAAACGUUGAACAAUAAUUACCAUAAUUGUACUUAACUAAAUGUAUCUUGUAUCUAAACGAAGCACACAUAUCUCGAUGGCCACUUUCAGGCGGCACUGAUAUCGAUCGUGGACUAGCCUCCUAACUAAAUCAUACAAAUAAUCUAGUUAUCCAACCAAUAUAUUCAAGGACAUUUCGCAAUUUCCCCAAAAACUCUCCAUGUACAAGCCAUCGAUCAUAUGCAAUUAUUAUAUAAAUUUAUAUCAACAUAUAACAUGUGACAUACUCAUUUUAUGAAAUUAGAAAUUUCGUUAUAGACAAGGAUGAAAUGAAAAUGGUAAUGUAAUGACAAAAUCAAUAAGAAUAUUAAUGAAAAAAAUCAUAAGACGUACAAUAUUUUUAACGUAAGUAGUGUUGAAUCUUCGAUA